AUGGAAAUGGAAAAGUUGCUAGGAAACAGUCAGUACCAAAACAACCCACAUCUUAGAAGCCAGAAACAACCCAGCAAAGGCAAGAAAAAGCCCAUCAAGAUAAAGUAUAUUUCUAGUCCUAUGAUGGUCCGAGCAAAUAAUGCUUCGGAGUUUCGUGCGAUUGUUCAAGAACUCACUGGUCGGAACUCUAACUACACUGAUUUGUACGACGACGUUCAUCAUGACGAGUCUCUAAAUCGUACGACGACAAUAUUCAGCGAAUCGGAUCAUGAUCAGCCCGGCUGGUCCCAGUUUUCUGCUGAUUAUCAUCCUCAAGGAUCGGAUGAUCAUGCGUUGGUUGAUGAUCGUGAUCAUGAUCAUCAUGUGGGGGGGAAAUUUUCGAACCCCAAUGUUUCUUUGCUCGGCCAGAUUGAUGAAUUAGGUCUUUUCUGGAGAUCAGAAGUUUCAGAAAGCUUUAAUGGGUUCCAAUCUUCAUGUUUAUUUGUAGGACAAAACUAA